AUGCUCCCCACAUCCCACGGAUUCAUUUGGCUGCAGAACUCGCUCGAGUCAGGUUGUCUGAGCGGCAGAAAGCGGAAAAGGGCCACUUGGCCAGAGAUCCCCAGUCCAAUCAAUACUCGGAGCAACAGCCGGCGGCCAGGCUUUAAGUUGAGCGAUGAUGACAGCUGCGGCGGUGGCCACUUAAAGUCGCCGGCGGCCAAAACACCGGAAGCAGCUAAGCGGAAAUUGGAAAAGCCCCACUCCCGUGCCCCAGCCACACAUUUCGCCAUUUUUCAAAUUUCGACCGUUGCGACAAAAACAACCAUUUGUGCGGCGAAAGUGGUGGCGAGCGGAACGGAGCGGAGUGGUUCGGAAUGAAAAGGGUAUCAGGAUGUGUUCGCCCACUUACGCAC